UGAGAAACAAAUCAAGCAGAACGCGCGUUCUCACUGUACGACGAACAGAAGAAUGAUCAAUACAACACAAACACACACUUGCGCCUACCUUUUCUUCCAUUAACAUCAUCACCUAUUCAACAUGUCAGUUCAACCGGCUCCUUCCACUUCAGCCGGAACUGGUCAAUCACCAGAAGAGGCUAGAAGGACGACAGCUUUAGAAGCAUACCGGAAAGCAUUGAAAAAUCACGAAGAUCUUUCGACAGGUUUGAAAAAGCUACGAUUUGGAUUGAAAGAUCUCGAUCAUGAUUUCAAUAAAACAGAGGAUGAUAUUCGUGCUUUGCAGUCUGUAGGACAAAUCAUCGGAGAAGUCUUGAAACAAUUAGACGAAGAGCGUUUCAUCGUAAAAGCAUCUUCAGGUCCUCGUUAUUUGGUGGGAUGUCGUAAUUCAGUUCCCAAACAUAAACUUAAAGCAGGCGUUCGUGUCUCACUCGAUAUGACCACUUUAACAAUCAUGCGUAUCCUUCCGCGCGAGACUGACCCAAUGGUCUAUUCGAUGAGCAUGGAAGAUCCUGCAGGUGCAAGUUUCGCCGGUAUUGGUGGUUUGAGCGAACAGAUUCGUGAAUUGAGAGAAGUGGUGGAAUUGCCUUUACUGAAUCCCGAAUUAUUCUUACGUGUGGGAAUCAAACCUCCAAAAGGUGUUCUGCUGUAUGGUCCACCCGGAACAGGAAAAACACUUUUGGCAAGAGCCGUUGCAGCAACUUUGGACGUUAACUUCUUAAAGGUUGUGAGUAGCGCAAUUGUGGACAAGUAUAUUGGUGAAUCUGCUCGUCUUAUUCGCGAGAUGUUCGGUUAUGCAAAAGAACAUGCACCUACGAUCAUCUUUAUGGACGAAAUCGAUGCAAUUGGUGGAAGACGGUUUAGUGAAGGAACGAGUGCCGAUCGUGAAAUUCAAAGAACAUUGAUGGAAUUGUUGAACCAAAUGGACGGUUUCGAUGUCAAUUCGACAACAAAGGUUAUCUUUGCUACAAAUAGACCUGAUACUUUAGAUCCAGCAUUAAUGCGACCUGGACGUAUCGAUCGUAAGAUUGAGAUUCCACUACCAAAUGAUGCCGCAAGACUGGAAAUCUUGAAGAUUCAUGCAAAACCUGUGGCCAAGAGAGAUGAAUUGGAUUAUGAGGCAGUGGUGAAAUUGACAGAUGGAUGCAAUGCUGCCGAUUUGAGAAACGUGAUCACAGAAGCAGGAAUGUUUGCUAUUCGAGAUGAUCGAUCGUUCUUGAUUCAAGAAGAUAUUGUCAAAGCAGCCCGUAAGGUUAUGGAAGCCAAAUCUCACGAGAGUCAAGCAGAUUACAGUCUAAAGUCAUAAUAAUCUUGUAAUACCAGCACAGAACCAGAUGAAAUCAUAUACAUUAUUGACA